AUCGAUUUAUCUCAUCUUUACUGCUGUCUUGUGCUUCCUUCCAGUAUAUAAACCGGCUAUUUGGUUAGUACUUUCCAGUCAGAACUCUUGUCAUCAUCACCUCGGUCUUCCAUAAAAAUCAUCUCUAAUUAAAAUGGCUUCAACCGUUCGUAAAAUUAUUACCAGUGCAAAAUUGCCAAAGAGCACUCUUCCCUACAGCCCCGGUGUGCUGGUGGACAAGACCUUGUACAUUGCUGGGCAGAUAGGAUGGGACUCUACAGGCAAGGUCGCAGAGGGCAUCGAGGCUCAAACCAAAUUGGCCUUGGAAAACAUGGGCCAUGUUCUCGCUGCGGCUGGAGCUACUCACAAAAAUGUCGUGAAAGUCACGGUGCUUUUGAAGGACAUCACUCAAUCUGCAGCAAUGAAUUCAGUCUAUACUACUUUCUUUACUGAAAACUACCCAGCCCGAGCUGCUUACGAGGUGGCGAAUUUGCCUGUAGGAGCACUCGUUGAAAUCGAAGCUAUUGCAAUUGUGGGGGACAUCGUUGACUCCAAGCUGUAAAUUGUCAAAGACCGGUGAAAGUGGAAAUACUUUGGAAUAUUCUCAAAUAAAAAAAUAAAGCUUUGAUUCGAAUAAAAAAUGUAUAGAAUGCAUUAGAUAAUAAAAUUCUCUGGCUAAAAGAACUCUAAA